GCUUCAAUCCUAGUGUAGACAGAUAAGCUAGUCCGGGUCUUAUCAUUGUAUAGACGUAUAUUCAUAUUUUCUGUCAAAAAGAUCAAAUAGAGAAUACCUGAAUACCAAAUUACUCUUCAGCUAUCUACAAGACACUACACAACGCACUAUGAAAAUCAUCACCAACGAAGAAAAACAAGCCCACAUCUCCCACAUCACCUCGGAAGGGUUGAAGGGGAUGUUCUAUGGAUCCAUCUUGUCGGUUGGACUCUUCUCGUACUUGAAAACAAGACAUACAGCCAGAUUCAAUGGAUUCAAUGCCUCUAUCAAGACCUGUAUCAUAACUAUGCCCACCGUCGCAGUGGGUGCCUUCUGGGCAGACCAGGGUUCCUGGGAAUUCGACAAAAAGAUGCAUUCGUCUGAAUACGAAGAGAAGAAGAUCUUGGAAGAGUUCAGACAAUGGAAUCAAUUGUCUACAUCAGACAGAGCCUUCACCGUCUUGAACGAUAACAAGUACAAGAUUAUCAUCUCCACAUGGGCUGCAUCGUUGUACGGCUCGUGGGUGUUGGUCAACAGAGACAAAAUCAUGACCACAGCUCAAAAGGCUGUCCAGGCCAGAAUGUAUGCCCAGGGAAUUACCAUAAUCUUGUUGUUGAGUACCAUCUUGUUGGCAAUGAAGGAAGAGGAAAUCAACAAGACAAGACCUCCUCCCAUUCCUGAAUGGAAGAAGGUUUUGUUAGAAAAGGAAGCUGAAGAACAACAGAUUCUUGCUAAUUUGAAAAAGAGAAAAGAAGAACAAGCAGCUGCAGCAGCUGCCGCAGCCGCCGCCGUCUCCACUGCUUCUUCCACACCAACCUCACCAGUUGCUAACAACUAGAGCUAACUACAGGUCCUAUAAAUCCUUGUAUAUAUUUUUCACCAGUUACAAUUGUUUUUUGCUGACACUAUUUAUUAAAGUCUGAGACUUUCCAUAUUAGAAUACAAUGAAUAGAACGUUAUUUAUCAU